CAGAGUGAGUGUUCAGUUAAGGCGUGGAUACCGUGGCGGCCGCACGCACGCACGCCGCUCCUCUCCCGUGACUCCCGCCUCUUCAUUGCCCAGCGAACGUUUUUUUGGAUUUACAUAAACGUUUUUGUGCUCGUGUCGGAACGUUUGUCUGUUGAACUCUGAUCUUCCGCGACGAAGCAUCCUCACCCCAGCCCCGCACCAUGGCACUCCUCACAGCCUGCCCUGACCUGCCCGAGGUCUGGCUGUCGCCCACCCUUCACCACCCAGACGACCUGUGGAAUAAGUUCGACCUCGAGAGCGACCGCACGCUGGUCCUCCCCAACCCUUCCCCAAAUAGCUGCGACCAGUCCUUCGCCGCCUUCCUCGACAUGGGGGGCGGGGGAGGGGGUGGUGGAGGGGGGUACAUGGGUCUCUCCCCCACUGGCGCCCUCCCCACACCCCCACACUCCCCCCCAACGGAACACGACCUGGAUGACCUGGUUGCGAGUAUCCCCGAGAUCCUAGAGUCACCUUCUGCAUCGCCUCCCUCAGCCAUCAGUGAAAUUCUCUCUGAUCUGGAGGGGAUGGAGACCUCAGGCACCCCCUCCCCCCCUCGUAUGGAUGGGGCGUGGGGAGCGGAGUGGUGGGGGGCAGGCAUGAUCACCCCCCUCCUCGAAGCACCCAUCAAACGUGACAUAAUGUGGGGUGGUGGUGGGACUACAGCCAGCACCGCCAGCACCAACACCACCGUCACCACCACCGCCACCAGCCCCCCCAGCGGCAACCUCACGCCCAUGGUGGAGAUCAAGAAGGAGAGACAGGAUUCUGAGAGCUCCGAGGCGGCCUACAGAGAUGUGAUGACCGCGGAUGACCUCUCAGAUGACUCAGAUACGGAUGACAACCUCCCGGAUACCCCCUCAUGCACGGAUAGUGACUGCGAUGCUGAUGACCCCUCCUGGCCCCCCCCACACACCAGCAGUCAUCACACUACCACCACGGCGAAGGGUCAUCACCUCCACCACCACCAGCUCGCCUCCCCGUCCGUCAGCAGUGAACAUAACUACUGUGGAAGGGUACCCGAGUUGCACCACCACCAUACCACAGGGACCAUCACCCCUUCGGAUACCGAAGAUGAAGUGGACGUCGUAUCCUGCUCUGAACCCAACGACACCACCAACCUCACCACCACCACCACCACCACCGCCACCGCGCGCUUGCACCUCCCACCUCCAACGCCCACCACCACCACCCCGACCACCAGUAAGGACGUGAAAAGACAGCUCCAACUCGCUAUCCAAGAAGCAGUUCGGAAUAGACAAAACAGGACGAAUAACAGCCUCAACACCACGAGUAGUAGAAGUAGUAGUGGUGGUGUGGGGGGGGAUAGUACCACCACCACCACCACCACGGCCGAGGGUGACGUGAAUGGGACAGGUUCAGCGGCGAGGUUGGUGUCAGUGAAGAUCAAGACGCAAGGGAAACCAGCGGCCUAUACGAAGAGAAUGCGAGACUACCAUUCUGAGGUUGUCAAAUCCACCAAACACCGCAGGAGGAACAAGGGGGAGAACGAUGAGGGGAGGCGGUCAGUCCACAACUCCCUCGAAAGGCAAAGAAGAGUGGACCUGCGGAAUGCUUUCGAGUACCUCCGCCAGCUGGUCCCGGACACCAUGAUCCUGGAGAAGGCCCCCAAGGUACAGAUCCUGAAGAAGGCGGCGCUGCACUGCAAGACCCUCCAGCAGGCCGAGCAGAGACUAAUCAGGGAGAAGGAGAAGCUAAGAAAACAGGUGGAGGAGCUAAAACAGAGGCAAGCGCUGUCUAGUUGAGAGGUGGCGUGAACUCGUGACCCAUUCCCCCUGUUCCCCUCUCCCGCCAAAACCUGAUUCUUCCCCGUUUCCCCCUCCCCGAUUCGUCUCCCCUUCUCCUCAUAUCUCCUCCCCACCCUUGUACAGUUAGUGGUAAGGCAAAGAUGAUUUUAAAAGCCUGUACAUAAUAAUUAUCCGAAUGUUAGGAGGAAAGAAUGAGAUGAAGAAGAGUAAGCAGCGUGUUCUUGUGUGUGUGUGUGUGUGUAUGUGAGAGCAAGAGAGAGAGAGAGAAAGAGACUCCUAGUGCCUAGUAUUGAGUCACCCAGGUCAGGUCAGGUGGCUCUUUGCUUUAAUUAGAAAGAGAAAGAAAGCGAGAGAGAAAAAAAGAAGGUACCAAAAUUACAGAGAGAAUGAGAGAGAGGAAAAGCUAAUAUGUUGAUGUUUUGAUAAAUUUUAACGCCAACUCACGUAGAGGAGAGAAGGAAAGAAAGAAGAGUGAAAGGAGAUGAGAAAUAAUUGGUUAAGUUUGUGUUUCUUUUUUACCGCAACUAAGAGGAAGGAAGGAGUUCAUGAUGAUAAGAACUAAGAAAGGACUUGUACAUUGUUAGAGGAACCAGACGUACAUAGGAAAUUAUAUGUCGUACAUUGUUAGAGGAACCAGACGUACAUAGGAAAUUAUAUGUCUGGUCGAUUGAAGUUGAAACCCAUAUUGUAUUUUCUCUGGUGCGAGUUGAUUCUCUUCGGAACGUUUUUUUUUAUAUGCAUUUGUUUUUUCACACCCAGCUGCUUCAAACUGCAGGAAUAAUGAUACCAAAGUCCACACACACGCAUAUCAAGGUGUGGUGAUGGUGUGUGGAGGUGGUGGUGGUGGUGGUGGCGGAGGAAAAUGUAAAACUAAUGUGAAUACUAAUGAUAACGUGUUUGCCCUUUGAUAAGUGCAUAUUACGAUGAUAAUAGUAAUGCUAAUAGUGUUUUUUAAUACAGAACUCAGUUGUAUGUUCCUUAAUUAAGUUAUAGAUUAUAUAAAUAUAUAUUAUUAUUAUUAUUAAAUCUUAUAUCGCUUGCCAUGAUCCUAGGAUAUGAUGCUUGUGUGUGUACGUGUGUGUGUGUGUGUGUGUGUGUUGGUGGACAGAUAGAUAAGCUGACAGAUAGACAGACUGACAGACUAAGAAGAGAAGAGAAAAUAGUAACAACAAGGAGAAUGAGAAUUUAGUUUUAUAUCUGACAAAAAUUUAAAAGUCCCUCAGCAUAUAUUAGUGAGUGUAGGAAGUUACUGAACAAACUUGUGUCAUGAAGGUAUUUGUGAUUCAGCUUGAGGAAAAGAAGUCGGCAAAACUUUUUAUCAUAACUCACAGAAAUAAUUGGCACUUAACAAAUUUGACGUAACCAUGUGCAGAAAUUUACCGAAACCAACACCUCGUGAAAGCAGAGUGGCUGUUUAGCGACUUGAGAGAAGAGAGAGUUAAAAAAAGCACUGUAUCGUAACUCACAUUAACCAAUACAAGAGACUCCUUUACGUUUAUGCAUACAAAGCUAAUUAAACAAACUCGUACUGUGAAUAUGAGUGCUGUGUAGUGUGUGCCAGUGUGAGGGGAGAGGAACAGGGAGAGCAUCAUUGUAACAUACAGUAAGCAGAACUAACCAAGACUUCCGUUAGUGUGUUCAUGUGUAGAGAGAUUUUGUGAACUUGUGUUAAAAGAGAAAUAGAAAAUGAGCUUUGUCCAGUCAUAAUUCACCAAGCGAGACUAUAUUUGCCGUAAUAAUUCAAGGUUCAGAAAAUCCAACAAGCAUACAUUGAAGGAGAAAGAGAGAAAGAGCGUUGUCCUGUCAUAAUCCACCAAACAAGACUCACUAUAUUUGCCAUACUAAUUCAAGGUUCAGAUAAUCCAACAAGGUUAAUAUGAUAAAAAGAGAGAAAGAAUGAAAACUAACCUAAGAAAUACGCUCAAAUAGGUGCAAGAGUUAAACAAGAGGAAAAAAUUGUUACUGAUAUGGCUUUUUGUUAUGAUAGAAAGAGAGAAAGAACGAAAACUAACCUAAGGAAUAUGCUCGAAUAGGUGCAAAGAGUUAAAUGAGGAAAAAGAAGACGGGAAAGAAUUGUUACUGAUGCACCAUUUUAUCAUGACAGAAACAGAGAAAGAACGAAAACUAACCUAAGAAACACGCUCGAAUAGGUGCAAGGAGUUAAAUGAGAGGAAAGAAUUGUGAUACACCUUUUUAUUAUGACAGAAACAGAGAAAGAACGAAAACUAACCUAAGAAACACGCUCGAAUAGGUGCAAGGAGUUAAAUGAGAGGAAAGAAUUGUGAUACACCUUUUUAUUAUGACAGAAACAGAGAAA